UUUUAUAUUUAUAUUAUGGUUACUGUAAGAAUGUGAGGACUUGAGGAGCUAUAUCUCUGUUCUGCUUUAAACGUAUAAGAUCUGAAGAUGGAGGACGGUAGCACUUUAGAUGGAGGUGCACCAGGCUCUGUGGGACACCCUGUCACCCCUGUGGAGCAACAGAACGGAGGAUUCCAGGAGAAGCUCAGCAGCUGUGGCGCUGUGAAGGAAGAGACGCAGGAGCCGAAGAGCUACGAUCACGGAGACGACCUUCGUACCGGUCUGAAUAUUAUCUGCGUUAAAGAAGAAGAACCCGAAGAAGACGAGAUCCUCUGUAAGACUACAGGACCCGUUAGAAAGCAGUCUGGAGUUGUGAUGAUGACACGCCCUAUGUAGUGCACUACACCUACAGCAGGAAGUGGCUUCAGAUGGAGCUCGUGCCUCUGAUUGGUGCUUGUGUUCUGUCCUUCCAGACUGUGAGGAGUGCAGAUCGUUCUUCUUCAACAAGUGUGAGCUUCAUGGUCCACCUCUCUUCAUCCCUGAUACUCCUGUUCCCACGGGCAGCGGCCAGCGAGCCAGACGAACCCUUCCAGCAGGUCUGGAGCUCGGAGAGUCUGCUGUUCCUGAUGCCGGUCUGGGAGUGUUUAAUACCGGCCAGACGGUACCAGUCGGUGCCCAUUUUGGAGCCUACCAGGGAGAAGUGGUGGAGAAAGAGGAAGCCAUGAACAGCAGCUACUCGUGGGUGAUCUACAGGAGUGGGCAGGGUGAGGGCUACAUAGAUGCCAAGAGAGAGACACACGCCAACUGGAUGAGGUUUGUGAAUUGUGCUCGUAACGAUGAAGAACAGAAUCUGGUGGCGUUUCAGUAUCGAGGGGGAAUUUUCUACCGCUGCUGUCGAGCCAUCAGAGCAGGACAGGAGCUCUUGGUGUGGUACAGUGAGGACUACGCUAAAGAUCUCAGCAGUGUGUUUGAUUUCCUCUGGAACAGAAAGUGCUCCACACACGGAAUGAACGACGCCCUGCUUCCAGGUUUCUCCUGCACAUUAUGUCCACUUAUUUUUGCAUCUAAAAACGGCCUCCACGACCACAUGAUGGGAAGCCACAGUGAGGAAUAUGAGGGAGCGUUAAACCUGGGACUGAUCACAUAUGAGGCUCAGAGCAGCUCGAGUCGUGAUCAAACGUCCUUCAGUUCUUUUAGCAUCAACACGUCUCACAAACAGCUUCAGAAGAAAACGUACCACUGCACAGUCUGUGGAAAGAUGUUUAACCGUGAGGAUAAUCUCCAAACUCACCAGCGCAUUCACACGGGAGAAAAGCCAUAUCAGUGUUUUCAGUGUGGCAAGAGUUUUACCCAACUGAGUACUCUCCAAACACACCAGCGCAUUCACACGGGAGAGAAACUGUACAACUGUCUACAGUGUGGCAAGAGUUUUAGUGAAAAGGGUUCUCUGAAAAACCACCUGCGCAUUCACACUGGAGAGAAACCCUAUCAGUGCUCACAGUGUGGCAAGAGUUUCAGUGAAAGAAGUAAUCUCAAAAGGCACCAGCGCUUUCACACUGGAGAGAAGCCGUACCAGUGUUCAGACUGUGGAAAGAAUUUUACUCAACAGAGCUCUCUUCAGAAACACCAGCUCGUUCACUCCGGAGAGAAACCCUAUCACUGUUCAUACUGUGAGAAGAGUUUUACCUCCAAGGGUGUUCUUCAACAACACCAGCGCAUUCACACUGGAGAGAAGCCGUAUCAGUGUCUACAAUGUGGAAAAAGAUUUACUCAACAGAAUAGUCUUCAACACCACCAGCGCAUUCACACAGGAGAGAAACCCUAUCAAUGUUCACAAUGUGGAAAGCGUUUUACCCAUCAGAGUACUCUCCAAAAACACCAGCGUGUUCACACCGGAGAAAAGCCACAUCACUGCUUACAGUGUGGAAAGAGUUUCACUCAGCGGAGUUCUCUCCAGCAACACCAGUGCAUUCACACUGGAGAGAAACCCUAUCAGUGCUCACAGUGUGGGAAGAGCUUUUCACAACAAGGUUCUCUCCAAAAACACCAGCGCACUCACAGUGAAGAGAAACCAUAUUGCUGCCCACAAUGUGGAAAGAGUUUCCAUCGAGAGAGUCACUACCAAAUGCACCAGCGCAUUCACACAGGAGAGAAACCAUAUCAGUGCUCAAUGUGUGGGAGAAGCUUUAAUCAGCAGAGUCAUCUUCAGCGGCACCAGCGUGUUCACACUGGGGAAAAGCCGUAUCAGUGUUUAGAAUGUGGGCGGGGCUUCACUCAACAGAGCCAUCUCCAACAACACCAGAGCAUUCACACCGGAGAGAAGCCCUAUCAGUGCUUAGAAUGUGGGAGGGGCUUUACUCAACAAAGUAGUCUCCAACAGCACCAGCGCAUUCACACCGGAGAGAAACCCUAUCAAUGUUCACAAUGUGGGAAGAGUUUUACUCAACAGAAUACUCUCCAAAAGCACCAGCGUGUUCACACCGGAGAGAAACCGUAUUCAUGUUUACAGUGUGGAAAGAGCUUCACGUAUUCAGGAAGCUUUAAAAGUCACAAGUGCGCUAAGACGGUCGCUAGCUCAUGACCAGAACACGGGUCAUUUUGUGUUGACCUGUUUUGUGUUAAACUUUUUUUAAGAACUUAAAAUAAUCUGAGUUGGUAAAUAAUAAUAAUAAUAAUAAUAAUAAUAAUAAUAAUAAUAAUAAUAAUAAAAGUGCCACAUUUACACUUUACUGAAGUGAUUAAUGUUCAUUUACAUUUACAUUUACUUCUGUUCUUUUUUAAACCCAAAACAAGAAGAACUAAACACUUACUGAGUCUCUGAGGAAGGUUCGAGUGUAUUUAUAGGAAAAAAUGUUGUCAGAUUUUUUCUGGAGAUCUGGUUGGACACACAUUAAAAUGCACAUUAAAAAAGG